AUGGGCUUCCUGAGGCAGCUUCGACUGUUGCUCUGGAAAAACUGGACCCUCCGGAAGAGGCAAAAGCUUCGCUUCUUUGUGGAACUUGCGUGGCCUUUGUCCUUGUUUCUGGUCCUCGUCUGGCUAAGGAGCGCCAACCCACUCUACAGCCAACACGAAUGUCAUUUCCCCAACAAGGCCAUGCCCUCGGCUGGGAUGUUGCCGUGGCUGCAGGGGAUUUUCUGCAACGUGAACAACCCUUGUUUCCGAAACCCCACGCCGGGAGAAUCUCCUGGUGUGGUGUCCAACUAUAACAACUCCAUAUUGGCCCGGGUGCUCCGAGAUGUUCAAGAGCUCCUGCUGCGCGAUUCGGAACUCCGCGACUUGGGCCAGGUCUGGACUGAGCUCCGCACACUGUCCCACCUCGUCAGUACUCUGCGGACUCAUCCAGAAAGCAUUGCAGGAAGAGGGAUCCGGAUCCGGGAUAUCCUAAAAGCUGAGGAGACGUUGACCCUGUUUCUGGUGGAUGGGGUGGGGCUGCCAGACUCGGUGGUGUACCUCCUCGUUAAUUCACAAGUGCGUCCUGAGCAGUUUGCCUCGGGGGUCCCGGACUUGCAGCUGAAGGCCAUCGCCUGCAGCGAGGCCCUGCUGGAGCGCUUCAUCCUCUUCAGUCGGCGAAGGGGGGCACUGGCCGUGAAGGAUGCCCUGUGUCCCCUGCCCCAGAGCCGCCUGCAGGAACUGGAGGACCGGCUCUACGCCAACGUGGACAUCUUUAAACUCUUUCGGCUGCUUCCCAAGCUCUUAGAUAGCAGCUCGCAAGGUAUCGAUCUGAAAUCCUGGGGAAGAGUAAUAUCUAAUCUGUCACCACGAGUGCAAGAGCUGACUCGGCGUCGGAGCGUCCGCGAUCUACUGUGGGCCCUGCAGCCCCUCCUGAGGGACGGAGGACCAGAGUCGGCGAGCCAGCUGACGGGCGUCCUUUCCGACCUCCUGUGCGGUCACCCCGAGGGCGGUGGCUCCAGGGUGUUCUCUUUCAACUGGUACGAAGACAACAACUACAAGGCCUUCCUGGGCAUCGACUCCACGAGGAGCGCACCCGCCUACUCUUACGAUCAGAGCAUCACGCCCUUUUGUAACGCACUGAUCCAGAACGUGGAAUCGAAUCCCGUGACCAAACUGGUCUGGAGUGCAGCCAAGCCGCUCCUGAUGGGGAAAAUCCUCUUUACUCCCGCUUCUCCUGCAGCGUGGCGCAUUCUGAAGAACGCGAACAAGACUUUUGAGGAGCUGGAACGUGUCAAGAACUUGGCCAAGGUCUGGGAAGAAGUGGGACCCCAGAUUUGGGAUUUUUUUCACAACAGCACACAGAUGGCCAUGAUCCGGGAUACUUUGGCAAACCCAACAGUGAAAGAUUUCUUGGUUGACCAGCUGAGGGGAACCGGCCUCACCGCAGAAGACGUGCUGAACUUUCUCUACAAUGGGCCCCGGGAGAGCAGGGAAGAAGGCCUGGUGAAUUUUGACUGGAGGGAUGCCUUCAAUUUCACUGACCGUGCAGUGCGAUCCUUUAAUCAGUACAUGGAGUGUUUGAUCCUGGACAAGUUUGAAGGGUUUGAGAGCGAAAUCCAGCUGAUCCACCGAGCCCUCUACCUGCUGGAGGAGAACAAGUUCUGGGCUGGAGUGAUCUUCCCGGACAUGUACCCGUGGACCGGCUCGCUGCCGCCGCACAUCAAGUACAAGAUCCGGAUGAACAUUGAUGCGGUGGAGAAAACCAAUAAGAUCAAAGACAGUGGGGAAACCGAGUCUCUGAGAGUCCCAUGUGAGGCGACCAACAUACAAGGAAGUGAUGGCGGUACUGGAUCCAGGCCCAGAGCUGACCCAGUGGAGGAUUUACGGUACAUUUGGGGAGGUUUUGCCUAUCUUCAGGACAUGAUCGAACACGGGAUUAUAAGGAGCCAGACCAAAACUGAAGUGCCCCCCGGAAUCUACCUCCAGCAGAUGCCAUAUCCCUGCUUUGUAGAUGAUGCCUUCAUGAUCACUUUGAAUCGCUGCUUCCCCAUCUUCACGGUGCUGGCCUGGAUCUACUCUGCCUCCAUGAUCGUGAAGAGCAUCGUGCUGGAGAAGGAGAUGAGGCUGAGGGAGACCUUGAAAAACCGGGGCGUGUCCGGUGCGGCCAUCUGGAGCGCGUGGUUCCUGGACAGCUUCUCCAUCAUGGCGACCAGCACGCUGCUCCUCACAGGACUAGUCACGCACGGCAGGAUCCUGCACUACGGCGAUCCCGUUAUCCUCUUCCUGUUCCUGCUGACGUUCUCCACGGCCACCGUCGCCCAGAGCUUCCUCCUGAGCGCUUUCUUCUCCAAGGCCAACCUGGCUGCAGCCUGCUGCGGUGUCCUCCACUUCACCCUCUACCUGCCCCACCUCCUGUGCUUCGCCUGGCAGGACGGCCUGACCGUGCGGCUGAAGAUGGCAGCGAGUCUGUUGUCCCCAGUGGCAUUUGGAUUUGGCACAGAAUAUUUGUCCCGCUACGAAGAGCAAGGCCUCGGUCUCCAGUGGGGAAACAUUGGAAACAGCCCGGUGGAGGGAGACCAAUUCAGCUUCCUGCUCUCCAUUGAGAUGAUGCUCUUCGAUACUCUCCUCUACAUCGGACUCACCUGGUACUUGGACCAGGUGUUUCCAGGAGAAUACGGGACACCUCUCCCUUGGUUUUUCCUUCUGCAGGAGUCCUAUUGGCUUGGACACGAAGGCUGUUCGACAAGGGAGGAAAAGAACCUGGAAAAGACUGAACCCUUGACAGAGGAAACGGAGGAUCCGGAACACCCAGAGGGAAUAAAUGACACCUUCUUUGAGCGGGAACUCCCAGGCUUGGUCCCCGGAGUGACCGUGCAGAACCUGGUGAAGAUCUUCGAACCGAACUCGAAGCCGGCCCUGGACCGUCUCAACAUCACCUUCUACGAGAACCAGAUCACGGCCUUCCUCGGCCAUAACGGAGCUGGGAAGACCACUACCAUGUCUAUUCUGACUGGGCUGUUUCCGCCUACGUCCGGCAAGGUGCUGAUCGGUGGCAAGGACAUCGAGACCGACCUGGAUUCCAUCCGGCAGAGCCUCGGUUGGUGCCCCCAACACAACAUCCUCUUCCAUCACCUGACCGUGGCGGAGCACAUCCUGUUCUAUGCUCAGCUGAAGGGGAAGUCGUGGGAUGAGGCGCUCCUGGAGACAGAAGCCAUGUUGGAAGACACGGGCCUCCACCACAAAAGGAACGAAGAAGCUCGGAACCUAUCAGGUGGCAUGCAGAGGAAACUGUCCGUGGCCAUGGCCUUUGUGGGCGAAGCCAAGGUGGUGGUUUUGGACGAGCCCACCUCUGGGGUGGACCCGUACUCGAGGAGGUCCAUCUGGGAUCUGCUGCUGAAGUACCGCCCAGGGAGAACCCUGAUCAUGUCCACGCAUCACAUGGAUGAGGCGGACAUGCUGGGGGACCAGAUAGCCAUCAUCUCCCAAGGAAAGCUCUACUGCUCAGGCACACCCCUCUUCCUGAAGAACUGCUUCGGCAGCGGCUUCUACCUCACGUUGGUGCGAAAGAUGAAGACCGUCCCGGUUCCUGGCCGACUGCAGGAGGCCGCCUGCAGCUGCUCGGCCAAGAGUCCGUGCACCAACUGCCCGCCCAAGGUCAGAGGGGAGCCCGCGGAGCAAAGGCUGGAUGGGAGUGCGCGCGGGCUAACGGAAAUGAUCCUCCACCACGUUCCGGAAGCAAAGCUGGUGGAAAACAUUGGCCAAGAGCUCAUCUACCUGCUCCCGAAUAAGAAUUUCAAGCAGAGAGCCUAUGCCAGUCUCUUCAGGGAGCUAGAAGAGACCCUAGCUGACCUGGGGCUCAGCAGCUUUGGAAUCUCCGACACUCCCCUUGAAGAGAUUUUCCUGAAAGUCACAGAAGACGCUGCUUCGGGAUCACCGUUCAUAGGAGGCAUUCAGCAGGAAGGAGGGGACUGCCGAAACGGCAGCCCGGAGCCGGCCGAGCCCGCGGAGCGAGGCCCUCACGUCUCCAACGGGUCUUCCGGAGAAGCGGCUCCCUCCCGCGAGGACCGGGCCGGAGCCGGGCCUGAGGCGGGGCGGCCCCGGCUCAAUCGAGGCCCCCGGCUGCUCUGGCAGCACAUCCAGGCGCUCCUCAUCAAGCGCUUCCACCGGGCCACCCGGAGCCGGAAGGACUUCCUGGCCCAGAUCGUUCUCCCAGCCGCUUUUGUGUUACUGGCGCUGACCUCCUCGACCCUCGUCCCGCCUUUCGGAGAAUAUCCUGAAUUGACGCUGCACCCCUGGAUCUACGGACAUCAGUAUACCUUCUUCAGCUCCGAACAGGCGGGCGGUGAGCCGAUGUCUUCGCUCGCGGACGUUCUCCUGAACAAACCCGGAUUUGGAAACCGUUGCCUGAAGGAAGAGUCGCUUCCGAAUUAUCCCUGUGGCAACUCCAGCACCUGGGAAACACCACCCGUUCCUCGGAACGUCACCCGGCUGUUCCGGGAUGACCGGUGGACGCCGGAUCACCCCUCGCCCUCGUGCCAGUGCAGCUCACGGGAGAAGCUCACCAUGUUGCCCGAGUGCCCCGAGGGGGCCGGGGGGCCGCCCCCUCCCCAGAGAAUACAGCGGAGCACUGAAAUUCUCCAAGACCUGACGGACAGAAACAUCUCUGACUUCCUGAUGAAAACGUAUCCCGCUCUUAUAAGAAGCAGUUUGAAGGGCAGAUUCUGGGUCAACGAACAGAGGUACGGAGGGAUUUCCACCGGAGGGAAGCUGCCGGUCCUCACCGUCACCGGGGAACGGAUUGCGGGCCUUCUGAACGACGUUGGCCGGAUCGUGAACGUGAGCAAGGGUCCCACCACCCUGGAGGCCGCCAAGGAAAUCUCUAACUUCCUUAAAUACAUGGAAACUGAAGACAACGUGAAGGUGUGGUUUAACAACAAAGGGUGGCACGCCCUCGCCAUCUUCCUCAACGUGGCCAACAAUGCCAUUCUGAGAGCCAGCCUGCGGCGAGACCAGGAUCCGGAGCGCUUUGGGAUCACGCUCAUCAGCCACCCGCUGAACCUCACCAAGGAGCAGCUCUCGGACGUCACGGUACUGAGCACGUCUGUGGAUGCCGUGGUGGCCAUCUGUGUGAUUUUCGCCAUGUCCUUCGUCCCUGCCAGUUUUGUACUGGAUCUGAUCCAGGAAAGGGUGAGCGAGGCCAAGCACCUGCAGUUUGUCAGCGGGAUGAGCCCCACCGUCUACUGGCUCACCAAUUUCAUCUGGGAUUUAACCAAUUAUGCGGUGAGUGUGGGCCUGGUGGUGGGAAUCUUCGUCGGAUUUCAGAAGAAAGCUUACACUUCCCCAAGCAAUCUCCCUGCUCUGAUCGCCCUGCUGCUCCUCUACGGCUGGUCCGUGAUUCCCAUGAUGUACCCGGCGUCCUUCCUGUUUGACGUCCCCAGUACGGCCUACGUGGCCUUGUCUUGCAUCAAUCUCUUCGUCGGCAUCAACGGCAGCGCCAUCACAUUCAUCCUGGGGCUCUUUGAAAACAACAUGACGCUGCUGAAUUUCAAUGCCAGGCUAAGGACGCUGCUCAUGAUAUUUCCUCAUUUCUGCCUGGGCCGGGGGCUCAUCGACCUGGCCGUGAGCCAAGCCGUGAUCGACGUCUACGCCAGGUUCGGAGAGGUGCACACUUCCGAUCCGUUCCGGUGGGACUUGGUUGGGAAGAAUAUGGUCGCCAUGGCGGUGGAAGGGGUGGUCUACUUCACUCUGACCCUCCUCAUCCAGCAUCACUGCUUCUUCACCCACCGGAUUUCUGAACCUGCUAAGGCACUUAUCACUGACGAGGACGAUGACGUGGCAGAGGAAAGGCAGAGAAUCAUUAAUGGUGGAAAUAAAGCUGAUAUCUUAACGCUCGAUCAACUGACUAAGGUUUACUCCGGCAGCUCGGGCCCGGCAGUGGACAGGCUGUGCCUUGGCGUUCGUCCUGGGGAGUGCUUCGGGCUCCUGGGCGUGAAUGGGGCCGGCAAGACCACCACGUUCAAGAUGAUCACUGGGGACGCUGCAGUGACUUCGGGAGAUGCCCUGGUGGCUGGCAAGAGUGUACUGACUCACAUCUCCGACGUCCACCAAGCUACGGGGUACUGCCCUCAGUUUGACGCCAUCGAUGACCUGCUCACCGGCCGAGAACAUCUUCACCUCUACGCCCGUCUGCGGGGGGUUCCGAUGGAGGAAAUAGCCAAGGUGGCAGACGGAGUCAUUCAGAGCCUGGGCCUGGGCCUGCACGCAGACCACCUGGCAGGGACGUACAGUGGGGGGACCAAGCGGAAACUGUCUACCGCCAUUGCUCUGGUCGGCUGCCCUCCCCUCGUGCUACUGGAUGAGCCCACGACAGGGAUGGAUCCGCUGUCGCGCCGCUUGCUGUGGAACACGAUCGUUAACAUCAUCAGGGAAGGGAGAGCGGUCGUGCUCACAUCCCACAGCAUGGAAGAAUGCGAAGCUCUGUGCACGCGACUGGCCAUCAUGGUGAAAGGGACCUUCCAGUGCCUGGGAACCAUUCAGCACCUCAAAUAUAAGUUCGGAGACGGCUACGUCGUCACGAUGAAAAUCAAGCCGCCUAAGCCAGGGUUGCUGCCGGACUUGAACCCGGUGGAGCAGUUCCUGCAGACGCAUUUCCCCGGCAGCAUCCAGACGGAGCGACACUACAACACACUGCAGUACCAGAUCUCCUCCUCUUCCUCCUCCUCCUCCUCGCUGGCCCGUAUCUUCCAGCUGCUCAUCUCCAACAAAGACAGCCUGAACAUCGAGGAGUAUUCCCUCACCCAGACCACACUGGACCAAGUGUUUGUGAACUUUGCUAAGCAGCAGAUGGAAGAGGAUGACCUCCCCCUGCAUCCCCGCGUAGCUGGAGCCAGGCGAGACCCCAAGCAUCAAUGACUAAAUACCCUUGGGCCCAACCAAGCCAGGGACCCUGCUAGCAUUUGAUAUGCAGCAAUGAAUUCUGGAUUUUGGUUUCCCAGAGUUGAUGUACCUAUUUUUUUAUUUGAAAUGUAAGACCCCACUUUUGAAUUUAAUUAUACAAAAGAAUUAUGAAAAUUUAGGCCCCUACUGCAAAAUAGCAGCUGAAGUAUCUUCUUGUGUUUCCAUAGCUGGUUACUGAGUUUAUAACACAGCUUCGACUUUUGCAUAUUUUCUCUCUUUAUAAAUGAUUGCAAAAAUUCUCAUGUACAGCGCUUGUAGGUAAAUAAAUCUGUCAUGAAACAAACCGUACUUACA